CCGCUCCAUCAUUCGCUCUCCCACGACUCGAUCGUUCACCGAACCAUUCACCCUUUCGUUCUCGCUCUCACCCCUUCCAUAUCAUCACAUAACUGCAACCAUCCAACAUGGGUUCUGAAAAGAAGUGCCCCAUCAAGCACGCAAACGUCGCUGGCGGCGGAACCAAGAAUGCCGACUGGUGGCCCAACGAGCUCAGGGUCAACAUCUUGCGCCAGCAUACCGAAAAGGGCAACCCAAUGGGCAAUGACUUCGACUAUGCUGCCGCUUUCAAGAGCUUGGACUAUGACGCCCUCAAGAAGGACAUUGCCGCCCUGAUGACCGACUCACAGGAGUGGUGGCCCGCCGACUUUGGCCACUACGGCGGCCUUAUGAUCCGGAUGGCAUGGCACAGCGCCGGCACCUAUCGUGUCUUUGACGGCCGUGGCGGAGGUGGAGGCGGCCAGCAGCGCUUCGCUCCUCUCAAUAGCUGGCCUGACAACGUCUCCCUCGAUAAGGCCCGCCGCCUGCUCUGGCCCAUCAAGCAGAAGUACGGCAACAAGAUCUCUUGGUCCGACCUCUAUCUCCUCACUGGAAACGUAGCCCUCGAAUCCAUGGGCUUCAAGACCUUCGGUUUCGCUGGUGGACGUCCCGAUACCUUUGAAGCCGACGAGUCGGUAUACUGGGGUAGCGAGACCACGUGGCUGGGCAAUGAUGUCCGUUACUCCAAGGGCCACGAGGGUACCGACAAACAUUCGGUUCUGGAUGCCGAUGAGCACAAGAAGGACCACCCCGAUAUCCACACCCGUGAUCUCGAGAAGCCUUUGGCCGCAGCACACAUGGGCCUGAUCUACGUCAACCCCGAGGGACCAGAUGGUAUCCCCGAUCCCGUUGCUGCGGGAAAGGACAUCCGCGAUACCUUCGGACGUAUGGCUAUGAACGAUGAGGAGACUGUUGCCCUGAUCGCUGGCGGUCACAGCUUCGGCAAGACUCACGGUGCGUCUUCAUCAGAGCAUGUCGGCCCCGAGGUGCAGGCAGCUCCUCUCGAGGACCAGGGCUUGGGCUGGAAGAACAGCUACAAGUCCGGAAAGGGUCCCGACACCAUCACCAGCGGCCUAGAAGUCACCUGGACCAAGACCCCGACCAAGUGGAGCAUAGACUUCCUCGACUAUCUCUUCAAAUUUGAGUGGGAGCUGGAGAAGAGCCCUGGAGGCGCCAACCAGUGGGUUGCAAAGAAUGCUGGGGAAAUCAUUCCCGACGCAUACGACCCCAACAAGAAGCACAAGCCCCGCAUGCUGACCACCGACCUGGCUCUCCGCUUCGACCCCGAGUACGAAAAGAUCUCUCGUCGCUUCCUCGAGAAUCCCGAUCAGUUCGCCGAUGCAUUCGCUCGCGCCUGGUUCAAGCUGUUGCACCGUGAUAUGGGUCCUAGGUCCCGCUGGCUGGGCCCGGAGAUCCCCAAGGAGAUCCUCUUGUGGGAAGACUAUGUCCCUCCUGCGGACCAUCCUAUCAUCGAUGAGCAGGACAUUGCCCAGUUGAAGAAGGAGAUCCUCGCUACCGACAUCGACUCGGCUGCGUACAUCUACACUGCUUGGGCUUCCGCCUCCACCUUCCGCGGCAGCGACAAGCGUGGCGGUGCGAACGGCGCUCGAAUCCGGCUUGAGCCACAGAAGAACUGGGAAGUCAACAAUCCCCAGCAGCUGAGCAAGGUCUUGUCCACCCUGGAGGGAGUGCAGAAGAAGUUCAACGACUCCGCCUCUGGUGGCAAGAAGGUCUCCCUCGCAGAUCUCAUUGUUCUUGCCGGUACUGCUGCCAUCGAAAAGGCCGCCGGCGUCCCCGUCCCCUUCACUCCUGGCCGCACCGAUGCAUCCCAGGAGCAGACGGACGUCCAGUCCUUCAGCCACCUCGAGCCCACGGUCGACGGCUUCCGCAACUACGGCAAGGGCACCGACCGCGUGAAGACCGAGUUCAUGCUCGUCGACAAGGCGCACCUGCUGACGCUCACACCUCCCGAACUCACCGUCCUGGUCGGCGGUCUGCGCGUGCUCAACGCCAACUACGGUGGCUCGCAGCACGGCGUCUUCACCAAGACGCCCGGCAAGCUGACCAACGACUUCUUUGUCAACCUCCUCGAUACCCGCACCCAGUGGAAGAGCAUCUCGCCCGACGACGAGGUGUUUGAGGGCCGGGACAUCAAGAGCGGAGAGAAGAAGUGGACUGCGACGCGCAACGACCUCGUCUUCGGCAGCCAGGCGGAGCUCCGGGCCAUGGCCGAGGUGUAUGCGCAGAGCGAUGCCAAGGAGAAGUUUGUGCGUGACUUUGUGCGCGCCUGGACCAAGGUUAUGGAUCUGGAUCGGUUUGACGUCGAUAAGAAUCCUACGGCUAAUCGGGCCAAGUUGUGAGUGGCUCACCCGAUGGGAGAAGGGGUCAGUGGAGGUGGAUGGUGCCAUGGGUGUCAGACUUGGAACAGGACUGAUUGAUGAUCGAUGAUGAUGAUGGUUAGGCACGGUGUUCGAAGGUUUAUGGUUGCCAUGCAGAAUGGAUGCACUUAGCGUCGGCGUGGAAAUGGUUGGUAAUGACUAGGUAGCCAGUAUCAGUUCCUCAACUUUUUUUUCAAUGGAAAUGCGAUCCCAACUCUCAAUUUGACCUUUUAAUGAUUAUUUAUAAAUAUUCAUUAUGACGGUGAAUCUUUGAGUAUGCUACCCGCCUAUGGGGCCCGAACUCGAGACGGCUUGACGUUAUUUGGCGUAUCUUGGAUGUGAACUUUGGAAUGGUGAAAUGAAUCGCCUCACAUGGGACCGGUUAUAUCCACCGUGUGCAUCUGUAUCUUCUGAUUCCGUAGGUAGUUAGCUAUCCUUUCGAUUGCGAAGACGGACAGUCGAGGCUUGGGUGUUGCCAC